AUGAGUUACUCCGACACAAUCAAAAAUCUCAAGAUAGGAAAGCACACCCGAGUCCUUUACCAGGGAUUUACCGGCCGCCAAGCGACGAUGAAUGCAAAAGAAUCCAUAGACUAUGGUACCAACGUCGUCGGCGGAGUAAAGCCUGGAGUAGAAGGCGAGCAUCUAGGACUACCGGUUUUGCCGAGUGUCAGAGCUGCCGUCGAGAAGCUGAAGCCAGAUGCCAGCGCAAUCUACGUACCCGGAAAUGGAACUGUCCAAGCAAUGGAAGAAGCAAUCGAGAACGAGAUCCCUCUUAUUGUUGCAGUUGCCGAACACAUUCCUAUUCACGACAUUCUACGGAUACAUCAGAUGCUUCGAACUCAAUCCAAGACCAGAUUAGUCGGCGCAAACUGUCCCGGUAUCAUUAGCACCCACGGCAGAUGUCGCUUAGGGUUUCAGCCUCUCCCAUUUUACAAAGAGGGCAAAAUUGGAAUUGUUGCCAAAUCAGGCACUUUAAGCUACGAAGCAGUUGCUUCGACGACCCGAGCAGGCCUGGGACAGACCUAUGGCAUCAGCAUGGGAGGUGAUGUGCUUGCAGGCACGAACUUUGUCGAGGCCUUCCAGAUUCUGGUGGAAGACGAGCAUACCGAAGGCAUCAUCAUGAUCGGGGAGAUUGGAGGUAGCGCUGAGCUCCGAGCUGCUGAGUGGAUUAAAGAUUACAACCGAAGCACACCGAACCCAAAACCUUUUAUGUCAGUUAUUGGUGGUGUUAGGGCACCUGCUGGUCGAAUCAUGGGUCACGCUGGCGCGUGGGCAGCACCCGGGGAAGCAAGUGCUGAAAAGAAAAUCCAGGUGCUUCAAGAUGCUGGUGUUGCCAUCGUCGAUCAUCCAGAAAAGCUUGGAGAACAGAUGAAGAAGUUGCUCGCAGAACGAUCUGGAAAUCGAAACUCUGGCUCAAGAUUGCCGCCAUCUCAACGAAGGGGAUAUCACACAAUGCGACCACGACCACGACCACGACCACGACUCGUCGCCGCCAACUCUCGCAAAUUCGAACAGCGUCGGACACUUUAUAUCAAACAAAAACAAGCGUACGAUAUGCUCAAUGAGAGAGGAAUUCCCACGGUCGAGCGUCCGACAAUAAAAGACGAAAAUUUCGUUGCCAUCUCAAUUGACCGAGAAUCUCGCCAGCCAUGCAUCAUAGCUUCACCAUCAACAGACCCUGAAUAUGCGUUUCAAAAAUCGAAGAAAUUUCCAUUUGCUUAUGGUUCAGAUGAUGCCAAAUCGGAAGACUUAUUAGCCGACGUCUCGACUCACUUGGGAGUUUCAGACAAGGGGAAACCGUCAUUACAAAGACUGGUAACCGAGUUAGUUGACAUCUUCAUGUCCAAGGAAGCAUUUGUUGUUCAAACUAAAUUCGCUCUUGAUGACGAUGGUGGGUUGCAGGUACAAGGGGCAAAGUUUGGAUUUGAUGAUGCCGCGUUCCGGAGUUCUGGGCGACAAGCCGAAGUUCACGCCUUGAGAGAUAUCAAGAGUGAAGUCAGAGAAGACGUGGAAGCUGAAAAGGACGGAAUGAUCUACGUCAAGCUCGAGGGCGAGGGCAGUAUUGGAACAAUUGUCAAUGGAGCCGGCCUGGCCAUGAAUACUGUCGAUGCUCUGUUCGCCCGAGGCGGUCACCCUGCGAACUUCAUGGACACUGGAGGUAAAGCGACCUCGGAGACCAUCAAGGCUGGAUUCAAGAUCGUGUCUUCCGACCCCCGCGUCAAAGUGAUAUUCGUCAACAUCUUUGGUGGAUUGACCCUGGGUGACAUGAUCGCAAACGGCAUUCUAAUGGCAUUUAAGGACUUAGAUCUCAAGGUGCCGGUAGUCGUCCGAAUCAGAGGUACCCGUGAAGUGGAGGGUCAGAAGCUCAUUCAAGAAAGCGGUUUGAAGCUUGACGCUUUUGGUAAGAGAGGAUGA